AUGGAAACAGAAGAAGAGUUCAGUGACUACGAGUCAGAAUACGGCUUAAGUGCUCAAGAACAAUGGGAAGAGAGUAUGAAACAGAUCAAUGGGCUUGUGAAUUGGAUUAUUGUGCCGUUGAUAGGGAAGAUUUUAGGGCGAAGAGUGAGUAAGAUCAUUUGGGCUCGAAUUGCUGGUGGAUUGUAA